AUGUCGCAACUCUACCGCGACCCAUGGGCCAAGCGCGAGGCAUGGCGCAAGCACCCCGUCUUCUCUCACCGUUUCUUUGCACGUAACAUCUUCCCCGGUUUCGGAUUGGGACUCGGCGCGUUCGCAGUGUACCUUGCGAUCGACACCAUUACACAUCCUUCCAACAUUGAGAAGCUCAAAGAAGACGCUCGCAAGCAGACUGGCCGCGAUCACUAG